CGUAACGCUCUGCAUUGUUUGUAUUCAAUGGCUAAUUGUGUGUAAGAAUUGUCACUAUCUCGCUGUGAACAUGGAUGGAUUCAUUGCCUCGGCAGUUGGCGCCGCAUUGCCGGAGUCGGCGUUUCCUCUUCGUUGUUCGGCUCGGCGCUUUGCGAAGGUUUAAUAACCUUGGGAGAGGACGAUAGUCAGAGAAGGUAUACAACACGUCGAACGUCGUGUGCCUCUCUCGUAAAGAUCCCUCAAGAUUUCUAGAGAAGAAGACCGGCAAACAACAUGGCAGCCACCGCUACCCCCAGCACCUCCCCGCUGGCCAACUUCAUCUGGGGAGAGCAACGCCUCCAGCGCCGCUGCGAGAUCCUGGCCGCCGUCGCCCAGAACCCGGUCUUCACCCAGCCGCCGAACCCACAUGCACUGUCGCGGAAGGAUCUGUGGGCGCUGCGGCUCAAGCAGGGUGUGGAGCUGCUCGAGCUGAAGUUCAAGCUCGGCUGGUCGAACCAGCAGUUUGUCGAUGCGACCAAGAUCACGGCCGAUCAGCUCACCAUGGGGGUGAAUUAUCGAAUAUUCAUCAGAAACCUCGAGGCCCAGAUGAGCCCCGAGCAAAAAGCAUAUUGGCUCCCCAAGGCAGAGCGCUUCGAGAUCAGCGGCUGCUACGCCCAGACGGAGCUGGGCCACGGGAGCAACGUCCGCGGCAUCGAGACGACGGCGACAUUCGACCCGACGACGGACGAGAUCGUCGUCCACUCGCCCACGCUGUCGAGCCACAAGUACUGGAUCGGGUCGCUGGGCGUUGUGGCCACGCACGCCCUGGUCAUCGCCAGGCUGCUCGUCCGCGGCCGCGACCUGGGCAACCACGUCUUCCUCGUGCAGGUGCGCGACCUCAACACCCACGCCCUUAUGCCCAACGUGCGCAUCUACGAGCAGGGCGAGAAGGGCAUGGGCACCUUCGCCUCGAUGGACAACGGCGUCAUGGCCUUCUCCCACUGCCGCAUCCCCCGCGCCAACAUGCUGGCGGGUAUGGUCUCCUUGGACGCCGACGGCACGUACCACGCCGCCAAAAACUCAAAGCACGCCUACACCUCGAUGGUCAUCAUCCGCGGCCUCAUGUCCGAGGAGUUGGGCAUCGAGGUCGCCAAGGCCGUCGUCAUCGCCUUGAAGUACGCCCAGUUCCGCAGGCAGUUCAACCCGAAGGACGGCGUGGAGAGGAAGGUGAUUGAGUAUGCCAGCGUGCAGAGCCGGCUGUUUCCUGCCUUGGGACGGGCAGUGGCCAUGAUGCUCCUCGGCCGGGAAAUGAGGGCCCGCAUCGACAACAUCGUCAACGAGAGCCUUGAAGACCUGCACCUGCAGACGGUCGGCGCGAAGAUCUGGGCUAGCGAACACGGCGUGCGGGACGUCGAAGUCGCCCGUCUCAGCUGCGGCGGGCACGGAAACAUGGCCAGCACGGGACUCGGGUCCCUCUACGCCCAGCUUUCCCCGUCAAGGACAUAUGAAGGAGAGACAUACGUCCUGUCCCAGCAGAUCGGCAACGCCGUCGUGAAGCACUGGAAGAACAAAUCCGAACAAUCGAUCAGCGCGCUCUCGUACCUCGCACGUCUGAGAGACAACGGUCGCAUGUCACAGGGCGUGCAGGUCAGCAGCAGCAGCCGCGCGGACGAGUGGUUCAACUCUGAGGUCCAGGGAGACUUCCUCGAGCACCGCGCUGCCGUCCUCGCCCGACGCCAUAUCACCGACGUCGCUGCCGGCAAGGACACCAGCUACGACGUAUUCGAGCUGACCAUGGCCCACGCCGAUCUCACUUAUUUCCGCGGACUGCAGGCUCAGGUGAAGCAGACUGCCCAGAACGACCGGGAGACCAUGCAGACAUUGGCGAACGUGUUCGCCCUCAACGCCAUGAUCGAAGGCCUCGCCGCCUUCGCGGGCGAAAGUUACCUCUCGGCCGCGCACGUCUCGGGCCUGCGCGCCGCGUACCAGGACGCCAUCGCCGCGUUCGCCACCGCCCACGCCGACGCUGUGGUCGCCGCCUUCGGCUUCACCGAGUACGAGCUCAACAGCGUCUUUGCGCGCGCCGACCAGACCCCCUACGAGGGCCUGCUGGACGUGGCCAAGCAGAGUGAGUUGACGGAUAAUGUUUUCAUUCGGCCCACGCUGCUGAAGGCGCGGAGUCUGUGGAAGAAGUACGAGCGCGCCAAGAUUUAGAAUACUUGCAUUCGUAAUGGUAUCGGCAUUGGCAUUGGUCAUGGCAUUUGGAUUGGCAUGUAUGGGGAAUACGGGGUAGACCAAAACAUCGAUGUGAGAUUCUCAUUUCGAGGAAUUACGGGGUCUUAGAGCGUAGGUGUAUAUCAGCACAGAUUCACCAGCCUGCUUCUCGUCUCUUUCGCCAUCCAACGGCCA